GUGAACUCCCUCCGGGUUCUGGAUGAGUCUUCCUUCUGCAGAGAUGUCUGGAAUGGGGCAAUAGAAGCGAUAACGUGGAAGGAGGGCGGCGUGUCUGCUUGGUCCGCUGGGUGAUACCUGUGCUGUCACUCAGGGCAGGGUCAUCUAUAAUCCGGAGGGGCUGGUCGGCUACGUGUAUACGAUCUCAGAACAGGAAAGUUUCCCGGGAUCCAGACUGUCUACAACUGGGAUGUGUAGGAGAGUCCGGGUGAUGCGGGAGCUCUGGCCGUGAGCGCUGGUUGUGGAGCGGUGACUCCUGGCGCACGAGCUCUCCACCCGCUGCCAUGGCGCUGAGUAAAGGGCUGAAGAUUCAGGUGAAGCCGGAUCCGGCUUGUUACAGCGUCCUGCUGGAGUCCCGCCAUAGGGAGGACUGUCUGCUCUUCGAGUCCGGAACCAUCGCCGCUCUCACACCUGAUGAAAAGGAAGCCAUUAAAGGGCAAUAUGAGAGACUUCAGGAAGCAUAUGGCUGCCUAGGGGUGCUUCAGUUGAAAUCAGGGAAUUCUCGGUUGCAAUUUCUUGUCUUGGUAAACGGCUGCACCUCCGUUGGAAGAAUUUUAGAUGCUGAGGUUUACAAAAUCACAUCCAGUGAAAUCUGUCCACUACAAGAGGAAACCAGAGAGGAGGAACGGGUCACAGCUCUCAGGAAGAUACUUAAUUCAGGGAUUUUUUAUUUCUCAUGGCCAAAUGCAGGAUCACAUUUUGACCUCACCGUUCGAGCCCAAAUUCAAGCUGACAAAAGAGGUUAUAAACCUGAAAACUGGUUCUUCUGGAACCGGCUUUUGCACGUUCCUUUGAAACACUAUCAAGUCAGUUGCUCAGAUUGGCUGUUGAAGGUAAUCUGUGGAGGGGUAGAAAUCCGUACUGUCUAUGCCUCACACCGGAAAGCAAAGGCUUGCCUUAUCUCGCGCAUUAGCUGUGUACGAGCAGGAACCAGGUUCCACAUCCGUGGAGUAGAUGAUGAUGGACAUGUUUCUAACUUUGUUGAAACCGAGCAGACAAUCUAUGUGGAUGAUGAUGUUUCCUCCUUUGUACAAAUUAGAGGAUCUGUCCCAUUAUUCUGGGAGCAACCAGGGCUGCAAGUUGGCUCUCAUCAUCUUAAAAUUACUAGAGGACUAGAAGCUAAUGCACCAGCUUUUGACAGACAUAUGAUGUUGAUGAAAGAACAAUAUGGCAAGCAAGUCAUUGUUAAUCUUCUGAGAAGCAAAGGAGGUGAAGAAGUUUUAAGUCGUGCCUUUAAGAAACUACUGUGGGCAUCUUUACAUGCAGAAGAUGUUCCCAUGAUAAAUUUUGAUUACCACCAGCUUGUGAAAGGAGGAAAAAUUGAAAAACUUGAGCACCUACUAAAACCUCAGCUGAAGCUGAACAUCGAAGAGUUUGGCAUCUUCACCAAAGGAGAGAACCUACCAAAACGUUUACAAAAUGGGACCUUCCGCAUCAACUGUCUAGACUGUCUACACCGCACUAAUGGUGUUCAAGCCUACAUCGCACUUGAGGUUCUACAGACCCAACUUGAGAGUCUUGGAUUGGUUGAUAUGAAGUCUGUGGUUGAUCGCUUUGAUGAGUCUUAUAAAUCUAUGUGGUCUGUGAAUGGCCACAACCUCAGCAUGAUAUUUACUGGAAGUAGAGCUCUGGAGGGUAAAGCUAAUGUUGGAAAACUCAAAGAUGGAGCUCGUACAGUUUCUAGGACAAUACAGACAAACUUCUUUGAUGGUGCAAAGCAAGAAGCUAUUGAUCUGCUGCUCAUGGGAGAUUUCUAUAGUGAUGAAUAUGCAGACAAAGGGAGGAUGUUAAUGGACAGUUCUGCUCUGCUUGUGAAUCCAAGUGUUUUAAAGUCCAUGUCAGAACGUCAGUUUCAGUUUACAAAUUUUAAAAAGACUCGUGUUGCUGUGGGAACCUGGAACAUAAAUGGAGGAAAGCAAUUCCGAAGCAAUGUCCUUGGCACAAGUGAGCUCACUGACUGGCUACUGGAUGCUCCCAAACUAUCUGGACUUCCUGAUUUUCAGGAUGGUGAUGGUGGCCCCCCAGACAUAUUUGCUGUAGGAUUUGAGGAAAUGGUUGAACUAAAUGCAGGAAACAUUGUUAGCACAAGCACAAAAAAUAGAAAAGUGUGGUCAGAGCAGAUACAGAAGGCCAUCUCCAGAUCACAUCGGUACAUAAUGCUGACCUCUGCACAACUUGUUGGAGUCUGCAUUUUUAUUUUUGUUCGGCCAUACCACAUGCCAUUCAUCAGAGAAUUGGCAGUGGACACCGUAAAGACUGGUAUGGGAGGCAAAACUGGGAACAAAGGAGCAGUAGCCGUACGCUUCCAGUUCUACAGUACAAGUUUUUGCUUUAUAUGUAGUCAUUUUACUGCUGGACAAGCCCAAGUGAAAGAAAGAAAUGAGGAUUACAAAGAGAUUACCCAGAAAUUAAGCUUCCCCUUGGGGAGACAUGUAUUUUCCCAUGAUUAUGUGUUCUGGUGUGGAGACUUCAAUUAUCGGUUGGAUCUCACAUACGAAGAAGUAUUCUAUUUUAUCAAACGUCAGGAUUGGAAAAAACUGCUCGAGUUUGACCAACUUCAGCUUCAAAAGUCUAAUGGAAAAAUAUUUAAAGACUUUUAUGAAGGUACAAUCCACUUUGGACCAACUUAUAAGUAUGACAUUGGAUCAGAAGCUUAUGAUACAAGUGAAAAGUGCAGAACUCCAGCUUGGACAGACAGAGUAUUAUGGUGGAGAAAGAAGUUACCAUUUGAAAAAUCAGCUGGGGAUAUUAAUCUUCUAGACAAUGACUUGGAUUGGAGUUCUCAAGUAAAGCAUACAUGGAGUCCAGGUGCCCUGAUGUACUAUGGGAGAGCAGAGAUUCCAUCGUCUGACCAUAGACCGGUGUUAGCCAUUGUGGAGGUGGAAGUUCAGGAGGUGGAUGUGGCAGCGAGGGAGGAGAUAUUUCAGGAAAUCUCCUCAUCCCAGGGUCCUCUGGAUGCCACAGUUGAAGUCCACAUUGAUUCUCCGACAUCUGAAGAGAAAGCAGAGUUUCCUGAAGAUCUAAGUUCAGAGCUUGUGGAACGAUUUCAGAAUCAUGGCACCGCUGUCCUUGUACGGUUAAUAGGAGGGCAAAUGAUGGUUACAUUUGCUGACAGCAGGGCGGCAUUAAGAGUUCUUGAUCUAGAUGGCUUAAAGGUUCAAGGCAAAACAGUAAGAGUGAGACCAAAGACAAAAGAUUGGCUCAAGGGGCUCCAGGAAGAAAUUGCAAGAAAUAGGAAUAGUAUGGUACUCCUGUCACCAAAUGCCAACUCCUCUCUUUUAGAAGAACAUUUUGACUUUUCUAGUCUUGACUAUGAGUCAGAAGGUGACAUAUUGGAUGAUGAUUCUGAUUACAUGAUGCCUCCCCACCUUGUGACUGACAAAUCAGCAGAUGAUGAUGUGUCCCAUGGGAAUAAUCAGCUUUGUACAGCACAAGCCGCAGGAUCAAGUAAAGCGGCUAGUGCAAAGAAAUCGCAUUCGUUUAAAGAUGCAGAGAUAUCGGCUUUAAAAAAGGAGCUCCAGGAUAUUGGGGAAGUGCGCUCACGCUCCCCUAGCAGGUCACUAUCUGUUCCUGCCAGGCCUCGUUCACGUCCACCACAGAGACCACCACCUCCAAAAAACAGCAUUCCGACGCCUGUUCAGCAAUCAGUUAAGCUUCUUCCUGGUUCACCGCAUCAUCCUCCAAAAGACAGAUCUGGGAUUAGUAAACCUUAUAAUGUGAAGCAGAUUAAAACUACGACAGCACAAGAAGCAGAAGAAACCAUUAAAUGGCUCAUGGAGUCUGGAAAAGAAAAACAAGAUGAAGAUGUAAAAACUGUAUUGAAUCGCAAUCAGAGUUUUCCUAAAGCAGAACCCAAAUUGAUAUCCCUCAGGGUGCCACAUGGUUGCUCACUAGAUGCGGAGGCAGUGCUGGUACCACAUAGACCUCCUCCAAAGGUUCCUAGUUCUCGACCAGUUGCAAAUCAAAGAACCAUUGUAAAUACUAAAUUAAAUCAAGAACAGAAAACAGAACAGUUUCAGCACCCAGGUGCAGAACCCCCUAAACCAGUGGGUCAUGGGGGAAUCUCAGACAGUGGAUUACCAUUGAGACCUCCACCCAAAGUUCCUCCCAAACCAAAACCUGAGCCAUGUGUAAAUUUAGUUGAUUUAAAUAUCAAUCUGAUGGCAAAACCAGAUUUGGGAAGUGAAGACCUGAUAACAUUAGAGCUCAUGAAUGAGCAAACAAAUAAAGAUGCAAACCACGUCACAUUAAAUAAAGAAGAAUCUGCAGGUUCGGGAUAUACACUUCAAGUCAUUGAAACGUCUGAGUCCAUUAAGAAAUUGGAUGUGAACAUUGAGCAUUAUCAAACACCACUUCCAGUCUUGAAGACAGAGUUGCAACCAGGUACAAGUACUUCUACUCCCUCAACUGUUUCUGUGACACCUCAAACAGAGGCAAAAAUAAAAGCUAUAGAUAAUGGCGACAUUCCAAAAAUACGUCCAGUACCAAAACCAAGAAUGGCACCACCUUCACAGAUUGUGAAAUCUCAGGAAAUUAAACAGAGUGAUGAGGCAACUUCUACUACUCAAACUAUUGUUACAUCGGAAGAGAUGUCAAACAAUAAUUAUUUUCCACCAGCAGUUCCCCCUCGAAGAAAAAAGUCUGCACCAGCAGCUUUCCACCUUCAGUUGUUACAAAGUAUGAACAGUUUGUCUCAAGAUGAUGGAGUUUCAAAUAAGAAUAACGACAACAGUUCCAGUGAAGGAACUUCAGUGAAUGUAGAAUUUUUUUAUGGGACUGCAAGCACAAAGGAUAAUUGUGAUCACCAAAACAAUUAUACCCAACUACUGGAGCCACAAAGAAGCUGGUCUUCUGAAAGGACAGUUUGUGGUGAGAGUUUAUUUCAGUCCGCAAACCCUGGUACUUCCACAGAGCAGUUUACCAGCAAUGAUAAUGAUGUUUCAAAAUGAGGAAAAAAAACAUAAUGCAAUCCCCAAAGAAAAUUGUAAAUCUCCAUGGUGACUGCAAAUAUUUCAAAUGAACUGUAAAGGACAUGUUAAAGAGCAGAGCUCUUCAAAACAUUCAUAAAUACAGCAUCUAUUUAACAGUUUCAGUUUAAUAAUACGGAAGGCUUUCCGUUAGUUUUUGUAGUGUAGGGAGAUAUUUUUCUAAGGACCAUAUUAUUUCCGUCCAGUGAUCCCAUUAAAAAUGCUGCAGCCAGCCUUACGCUUUUUAUUGCUUUAAAUCAAAAGGUUUAAAAGGGCCAGAAUGGCAUAAAAAGUAAGUGGUGGUAAUACUCUCUCAGAUACCUUGUUGCUUCUAUUUUGGUGCUUCCAUGCCGUCUCUUCCUCAGCCAAUCACUAACUUAGGCAGACCAACGCUGUGCUCGGUGGUUAGCUGAGAGGUCUUCAUGUUAGAUGCACCAGGGAGUAGUGACCAGAAGAGACCUGGAAAGGGUUGGAGCAGAGUUGGUGAGAAAAAAAUUGAUCAUCGCUUAUGUUAUGUUACACUGUAGGUAUACAGAAAAACCGUUAUAAAGCAUGGGUGUACACGCUAUUUACAAAAAUUACUAUUGACUGGGACUUACCAUGAUCCAUGCUGCAGGCUGCUGCUGCUCAUAUAGGAUGCUUUGUCUCCUAAUGCAUGGAUGUGAACGGCCCACUGCCAGUCCCUGCUAACUAGAAACUAAGUCUGCUAUGCAACAGGUUCAAAAAGACUAAUAUUGUGCACACUCCUGAAUUAUAAACAUUUUUAUAUACAAUUGGAGGUACAAUAAAAUUCUAUAUUUGGUUUAGUUUUAUUAAUAUAUUUUUAAGAUAUUUUCUUAAUUUUGAAGUCAUUUCAUGUAUUCUGCUUCCUGUCCUGGCUUUUUAACUUCCACUUUGUUUCGACUUUUACCAUGGCAGACACCCUCUCUUAAAGGAUUUGUCCAGUUUCUGGUGGAUACCGGACAACAAAGGGAAUCCGCCUGCAAUAAUUAACCAUUACUUACUUGGUGGAUCAUGCACCAGUGCUCUUUUUCUUCCAGCUAAGAUCUAUUUAUCCGGCUGCAGUGGUGAGAUCACGUCAACAACACAUGGUCACUGCAGCCGUGUAAACAGAUUCACCGGGAGCAGUGGAGAGGAGUCUGCUAGGUAUUGCAGGUAUAUUCCCUGUGUUCAGUUUUUCCCUGCUACUGGACAAUCCCUUUAAUUUUCUAAGCCAGACCGUUACUGCAGCCAGAAAUGAAGGGAGGGGGGGGGGGGGGGGGGAAGCAUCACACUAAUCAAUGGAAUGCUUUUGGAAUGCUGACCUAUGAAGAGAAAAAUGGUGUUGUCAUGCUGUCAUCCUAACUCUACACCUACUUUUACCAUGAGGAUUACGUUGCAAAUAAUAUCUUCCCCUCACAGCAGCAGUAAAUUUACACUGAAGGAGGAAUUAUCCUUUGACUUUGACAGGACAAUAUUUUGUAUUUAACUUUACAACGGCAUAGUACUGCUGAAAUUGAAAAAAAUUUAUAAACAGCCCACUUUUUUUAAAAACUGAUUUCUAUGGACAUUGCAGAUAAAAAAAAAAAACUUUUUGAUGGAAGUGCCCCUUUGUGUCUUUCUUGAGUGAUAGUAGUAUAUCACAGUGAUAUGCCAUGACUUGAAUAGCCCUUUAAGGCUACCUGCACACAUUGCAUAUUUGUAUGUAGAAAAUCUGCAUGAAAACCGCAUAGAAACGGAGUUAAAAAAAAAAGCACACAUAAAUCUGCACUAUUGUGUUUUUCAUACAGUUAUUUUUUUUCUGUAGACUUUGUUUAUUUUAACAACUUCAUUGAAUUCCUUAGAGGAAAACCAGUAUACAAUAAAGUGUUGAAUUGCACAAACAAUUGACAUGCUGUGGACUGUAAAAUCCUGCAUGUAAAAAAUGUGCGCCGUGUACAUGAGAUUUGGCAAAUGUCAUUCACUCAGCUGGUACUAUAUUACGCUGUAGAUUUUCUGCAUGAAAAGCCAUGCGGAAAAAACACAGUUAAUCUGCAUUGUGUGCAGGCAACCUAAGACUGGUGUUACACAUAGCCAGUGUUUUUUAUAUUUUAUCACUAGGAGGUUAAGAACUCCCCUUUUGACUGCAGAUUGACUUCUUAUACUUUACCUGCACCUUCUUCACACGAGUGAUGACACAUUAAGAAGGUCAUCUUUAUGCUUCAAUUUUAGCACAACAAUGAUGUGUAAUUUGUCAGACACAUUUCUAAAAUGUUUACAUUUGUGGUACAGGCAAUAAAAUGGCACAAAACAUUUACAUACAGAUAGGGCAUAAUAGUAGAAAGUGAAGAAGCACAUUUCAUGCUGAUAUAGUGUUGUCAAACUGCCUCCCUUCCUUGUAACAAAACAGCGUUCAAUAUUAUUUUGUGUGAAGAAUCUUUUAAAUGACUAUAUUUGUAAAGCACACAUUAUAUGGGUAAAGGCUGUUUGCCUACUGCUUUGUACACCACUGCUUUGUCUCCAUGAUACAUGGUACUUUCAUAUUUUUGUCUCUAGAACAUCCAGUUAUCUAAAGCCAGUGCUGGUAUCAUAUUUUUAUAAUGUAUAAAAAGCUAAUUCCUUAAUAAAAAACAAUCUUCA